AUGACGGUCGGAGACGCCGUAAGGAGGAGUGGGAAAGACGGCUUCUCCAUCAGCUACUGCACCAUCAUCCCGCACGGCGCGAGCGAGGAACGAAGUGACGCGGUGCACAUGCUGGUGGAGGGAAUCAAGGUUCGACUGGAGACGGGGAGGAGCAAGCUCGUGGACGCCAUGGGGGCCCAUCUCGUCGCGCUCCUGAUGCCAUACCAAGACGGCGCUGCCUCCUCCUCCGCCAUCGAGCUGCUCCUGAGAGCAGCUGAGAGCGACAAGGAAGCUCUUGAUAUGCUCCUGGCUGGCAUGGAGAAUAACUUCCGCUCAGGGAGAGCUUCUUGCGUGUUAACACAGGAGAGAGGCGGCGACGAGGAGGUCCAACGAGCCCUCGACUUUGUGCUCAACGGGUUUCUAUCGCACUGGAGAGAAGCAGAAUAUAAUUCAGACAAAGAGCACGAACUGCUGGCACUCGCCAAGUUCGCGUGGAGUCUCUUCGAGACGGGGAACAUGACAAGAGCAGCUGCCCAGCUCUCGGUCAGCAUGUUGGCGUCAGAGUUGCCGACGCUGCAGCUGGGGGAUAGUUUGAGGUCAAGGUGCAAGCCCAAGGUGAUUCAAGUCGUCUUUGACCGUCAGGACCCACAACAAGUGGGAGAGCAGCAGGGAGUGUUGAGCAAGGGGAAGAAGGAGGAGGAGGCGGCGAUGAGCGCCAAGAUCUUUUGUAGGAUCUUGCUGCACAGCUCCCUUCCCCUGCAAGAGUUGUAUGAUUGCGAGCAACAGAGGGAGCUGGAGGAGCUGAAAACAGUGCGAGCCGUGUUCAUCUACAUGGCUGCCUGCCGGCCCGAUGGUUGGCUCCUCCCUGCCGCUCCUGGCAGACCUUCUAAGGCGAACAUGCACAAUUUCUCCACCUGGCUCCCAGCUGUGUAUAAGGUGGUGGCAAGAGACGAUGAACUGGUCAAGGGCGACUACAAGUCUUCAAGAGCGUUCGAUGUUCUCAGAAACUUCAAGGAGGAUGUUGACAACAUGUUGAAAAGCGUGAGAUUGAAGGGAAUCGAUCUUUUGCAAGCGCUGCUGUCGUGGAUCCCCCAAGACGAUCUCAACGACGAGGACGCGGAGGCUGUGCUCCCCACUUUCGUCAACUUCCUGCUUGCAGUGUACCAGCUGGACGAGAGAUAUAUCAGCGUGGACGCCAUCAACACAUUCAGACGGUUCUUCGCCGUCCAUGGGGAGAGGGGAAAGUUUGCGCUAGUCAGAGUCCUGUUUGGGGAAGAGAUGCUGAGUGAAAGGGAGCCGACGGCAGUGCUGAACCUGCGAGGAGAAGCGAUCUACAUGCUGAAGAAGGAGAUUCAAUGGGCUCUCGAACAUGGGGAGAAAGAAGAUGUCGCUGUAAGGGAGCUUCUUGACUUCGUUUGCACCUUGCUGGAUCAAUCUCUCAAAGGAAGCCGCAAUGACAUCUCUGAGAUCCCGCUGGUGAACGGGCCGAGUGAAGAGAUCAUGGCGAGCCUCAACAUGUUGUUCUACCUGCUCGGCCUCGGUCAGCCGUCGAGCUCAAUCAUCUCCCAACGCUGA